AUGAGCGCCGCCGCCGCCAAGCCAAUACUUUACAGCUAUUUCCGAAGUUCCUGUUCUUGGAGAGUGCGAAUCGCACUGGCUCUGAAAGGAAUUUCCUAUGACCUGGUCCCAGUGAACCUCAUUAAGGAUGGAGGACAGCAGUUUUCUGCUGAAUUCAAAGCACUGAAUCCAAUGCAGCAAGUCCCAGCCUUGAAAAUUGAUGGCAUCACCCUUUCUCAGUCGCUAGCUAUAAUUAACUACCUAGAAGAGACUCAUCCUAACCCCAGGCUCUUGCCCCAAGAUCCAAAGAAGAGAGCCCAAGUCAGAAUGAUUGCUGAUCACAUUGCCUCUGGCAUUCAGCCACUCCAGAACCUGAAUGUCCUGAAACAAAUGGGGGAGAAAAAAAUGGAAUGGGCUCAGAACUGUAUCAUGUCUGGCUUUCAAGCACUGGAGCAGAUUCUGCAGAACACUGCUGGACGCUACUGUGUGGGGGAUGAAGUUUCCAUGGCUGAUCUGUGUUUAGUGCCUCAAGUUGCCAAUGCUGAAAGAUUCAAAGUGGAUAUGGGUCCAUAUCCCACAAUAACCAGAAUAAAUAAAGCUCUCUUGGAGUUAGAGGCCUUCAAAACAAGCCACCCUUCCCGGCAGCCAGAUACUCCUGCAGAGCUGCGAGCUUGAAGCCUUUCUGCUCAUUAAAUCCACAAAGCUGCCAUGAUAAAGAAGACAACACCUACAGGCUGAGUAUGACUUUAGUGCCAGUGCCUUCCCUUUCAUCUGGGUGGGAAGGACAGAGGACCUGGAAAUAGUGUGGAUAACAUAGGAGCUAUGUCUGUGCUGAAAUAUGUGCAGCUACUAGUUUUUUCUAUGCAGUCUAUCUCCAUGAAGCAGAUUAAAGCAGAAGUAUCCAUAAUGAUCAGAACUUCCCUCUGUAUGGCUUUGGGUUGGGGAAUGUGACCACAAACAACUGUGAGGCAUUGAGUCAAUUCUCUAUUCCUCACAGGGGCUAUUUCUUUCUACCAUCUACAGAAAGGGCAUCAGGGAAUGAGUAUACACAGUGUGCUUAUCCUUGGAGCUGCCUCAGAGCCACAGCACAGUCAUCAGCUCCAUGGAUAUAA